UCAGCACGAAGAAGGGAGGUAGAGAGAAAGUUCCACCAGCUUUGUUUGCCCUCUUGUUACAAAAUCAACCAAACUCAUCUUCUCCACCAGCACCACCACCUAACAACCUCUCAAUCUCAUAUACAUUUUACGCUUUCCUCUCUUUCCAUUUCAAGAGGAAAACUAUAUCGUUCCUCACACACGCCUCUCUCUCUAAUCAGUGGUCGUCUUCCUUUUCUUAUCCACUCUUCUCAGGGGCAAUAAGAAUGGCUAAUUGUCCUGGAGAGUCGACCCAAACUCACUUAGACAUUCUCCGUUGCCCAUUCUUGAGGAACAUCAAUGAGCCCACUAACCUCUCCUUCUCUUCUUCAUCCUUGCCUUUUCCCAUCCCUGUGCGAGCAGGGCAAGGUCCAAUUUUUGAGGAUGGACCCAAUUUCGACACUGCGUUUAGGCUUUUCCAUGGUCAAGAUGGUGUUGUCCCGCUCUCUGACAGCCCUCGUGCCGGAGCGGAGAAGCCUGCGCUUUCCUCUCCUGCGUUCCAUCCACUUGCUGCUAAGGCGGCGACUAUUAGUCUCUCCUCCUUCGGACAUGGAGGGCCUUUUGGAUUUGAUGCGUUUUCCGACAUGUUUAAGAACCAAAAGAGAAAGUCAGACUCUUCCAAAAAUAAAGAUUCUUCUUCCUCUAAGGGAGGAAACCACGAGUCUAUGAGCGACGACUGGCUUCAAACAGGAAACUGCCCUAUUGCUAAAUCGUACCGAGCUGUAAGUGGUGUGGCACCCCUCGUGGCAAAGAUCCUGCAACCCCCUCCCGGAAUGCAGUACAAGUGUCCUAAAGCAAUAGUUGCAGCUCGAGCAGCCAUAUCAAAAACAGCUUUCGCUAAGAACCUCCGGCCACAGCCUUUAUCAUCCAAAGUACUAGUCAUCGGGAUGCUGGGGAUGGCUCUGAACGUGCCUCUAGGGGUUUGGAGAGAGCACACUGAAAAGUUCUCUGCAUCUUGGUUUGUAGCUCUACACGCAGCGGUUCCUUUCAUUGGAAUACUGAGGAAGUCAGUGUUGAUGCCUAAGAUGGCGAUGGUUUUUACCAUAGCAGCGUCUGUUAUGGGACAAGUGAUUGGGUCAAGAGCAGAGAGGUAUAGGCUUAAGUCGGUGGCUCAUAAGAAACUGUCGUUGACAGGACCAGAUCAUGUGGAUGGAAGGUGCGGCGAUAAAGUGGUGAUGAAAUGGAAUCCCAUGUUGCUUGAAGUAGCAAGUCCUGUUUCUACGGGAGCAGCUAGUGUUGUCUGCUAAAAGAUUUUUGGUUUCUUCUUCGCAGAGCUCGAUAUAUGUGUAGUUGUUUCUUUUGUUGUUUUGUCCAUUGUAUUUGAAAAUUUUCAAAAUGUUUAAGGUAAGAAUAAGUGUAAAAAUAAAUAAAAU